CCUUAUAUAAGUCCCCCUGGGGGCAGGCACAAAAACAGCUCCUUGGAGCUGAGCUGCCCCAAGUGCAGCAGCUGCUGCCGGACCCUGGGAUUCGGCCACAUUCCACCGCCGGCCCCAGCGGAAGGAACGGGCCCCUACCAGCUACCAGGUGCCUUCCGGCAGCCCUUUUUCAUCCACCAUGGCCUUCUCCGAGCUCAUGGACCGAGUGGGCAGCAAGGGCACCUUCCAGUACCUGAACAUGGUCUUGCUGGGCCUCCCAGUCCUGGGCCUGGCCAACCACUACCUGCUGCAGAUCUUCACAGCGGCUACGCCGCCCCACCACUGUCGCCUGCCCCCCAACGCCUCCGCCGGGCCCUGGGGGCUCCCCAAGGGCCUGGAUGGGAAGCCUGAGACGUGCCUCCGUUUCAUAUAUCCGCCCAACACCAGCCUGCCCAACAACACCCAGGGGGCCACAGAGCCAUGCCUGGACGGCUGGGUCUAUGACCUCCACACCGUGGACUCCAUUGUGACCGAGUGGGACUUGGUGUGUGACUCCAGAAGAAUGAAAGAGGUGGCCCAGUCUGUCUUCAUGGCGGGGACACUGAUUGGGGGGAUCGUGCUGGGAGACCUGUCAGACAGGUUUGGCCGGAAGCCCAUCCUGACCUGUAGCUACCUGCUGCUGGCGGCCAGCGGUUCCGGCGCGGCCUUCAGCCCCAACCUCUCCAUCUACACCAUCUUCCGCUUCCUGAGCGGCUGGAGUAUCUCGGGCAUUGUCCUGAGUACCACCAUCUUGAAUGUCGAGUGCGUCUCCAUCCAGAUGCGGGCCAUCAUGUCAACUUUAAUGGGUUACUUCUAUACCUGUGGCCAGUUCAUUCUGCCUGGCCUGGCCUAUGCCAUCCCCCAGUGGCGCUGGCUACAGUUAACCGUGUCCAUUCCCUUCUUCGUCUUCUUCCUGUUGUCCUGGUGGAUACCAGAGUCUGUACGCUGGGUGGUCCUGUCUGGAAAAUUCUCAAAGGCUCUGAAAAUACUCCGGUGGAUGGCUGCCCUCAAUGGCAAGAAGGAAGAAGGAGAAAAACUCAGCGUGGAGGAUCUCAAAUUCAGCAUGCAGAAGGAGAUAUCCUUGGCCAAGGCCAAGUACAGCAUGGCUGACCUCUUCCGGACACCCAACCUGCGCCGUGUGACCUUCUGUCUUUCUCUGGUCUGGUUUUCCACUGGUUUUGGCUACUACAGUCUGGCUAUGAGUGUGGAAGAUUUUGGAGUCAACCUCUACGUCCUCCAGCUCAUCUUUGGUGGGGUCGACAUCCCGGCCAAGUUCAUCGCCGUCCUCUCCAUGAACCAUCUGGGCCGACACAUCACCCAGGCGGGUGCUCUACUCCUGGCAGGAGGGGCCAUCCUGGCUAUCACCUUUGUGCCCUCAGAUCUGACCCAGCCUGGGCAAAGUAUGGUGGUGUCUGGCCAGUGUGAGGGAUCGCUCUGGGAUGGAGCAUGGCCUGCUGACAUCGCUAAGCGGAAGGCGAGCUGGCAUGGGAAAACCACGGAGCUCAGCACUCAGGGAAGACCCCACAACCUACUCCCACCACGACCUUGGAAAAGCCACGUUUAUAUAGACGUUUACUUGCCAACGCUGAGGACAGUCCUGGCUGUGUUUGGGAAGGGCUGCCUGUCCAGCUCCUUCAGCUGCCUCUUCCUCUACACAACCGAGCUAUACCCCACGGUCAUCCGGCAAACAGGUAUGGGCGUAAGCAACAUGUGGACCCGUGUGGGAAGCAUGUCGGCCCCACUGGUGAAAAUCACGGGGGAGUUACAGCCCUUCAUCCCCAGUGUUAUAUUUGGGACCGUCACCCUCCUUGGAGGCAGUGCCGCCUACUUCCUGCCUGAGACCCUCAAUCGGCCCUUGCCAGAGACUAUUGAAGACGUGGAAAACUGGUCCUGGCAGGCAAAGAAACCAAAGCAGGAACCAGAAGCAGAGAAAGCAUCCCAGAAGAUCCCUCUGCAGCCUUGUGGACGGGGCCGGGACCCCAGCUGAAGACAGCAGAGCCCUCCUUUCCCUGCCCUUCCGAAACGAAUCCUAGCCAGGUCUUCGCCUGCCUCUGGGCUCUGGGGGCACCUUGGGAGGCCCUGUGCAGGUCCAUGCUCCAGCCCAAAGGUUUGACCACAGACCCUUCCCGUUCCCCACCCUUGUCCUCAUCCUCCCUCAGCUGAGGCCAUGUCAUUCUUCUGUCCAGCCCUUCCCCACAGGCCACCUUCCCCCACUGACCCAGCCCCCUUCCCCUGAAGUCCCCUUCAGCUCCCUGGCUCAAUCUUAAACAAAGAUAGCUUCCCUUUCUUGCUCCCCACCCCUUCCUUCAAUGGAAACGUUCAAUAAAUGGCAAUGAACUCAG